AUGAAGCCUGACAGCCUGCAGAUCGCCUUCGUGCACUUGUUCUUCAACAUCAUCGGCAUCUUGAUCUGGUUUCCGGUGCCUUUCAUGCGACGAAUUCCCAUCAAGGCUGCCUGCUUGCUGGGAUUCUAUGCCUCCUACUGGCGUCUGGUGCCCCUCAUCUACAUCUUGGUGAUGUUCGUGGCCGUUCCAGGUGUCGUGCUUGCCAUCUCCCUACUCUACGGCGCCAGCAUCGCCGGGGGCAUCGUCGUCACGUUGCUGGCCAUUGGCGUCGUCGCCGGCUUCAUUGCUUGGUGGUGGAUGGGCGGUUGCUACAAGGUGGUUUCCAAGGAGCAGCGCGAGGAGCGUGCCGCCGAGAUGGCCGCGGAGAUGGGCGAGAAGCCUGCCGAG